CUUUGGUGGGUGUGGAUCUAUAAAUAUAGCGGAUCUCUGUCUGUCACAGAAGUCUCCUAAGAGAGUUUUAAAAGUGCUGAAGAACACAAACAUCUACAUCUGGAAACAUGAACAGACUCUUUUUUGUCUCGUUUGCCGUCGCCCUGUGUUUCAUAGGAGGUCAGGCUCUGAAGUGCUAUGACUGUACUGGUGUCUGGAAUCUGUGCUUUACCACUCAAACGACCUGUACAGGCACCGAACAGUGCUUCAGUGGAGUGGGUAAAGCAGUUGGUUUUGUGGAUGUUAUAAUGAGAGGAUGUCUUACGGUGGACAAAUGCAACAAAACAGAGCAGGUUACUUUGCCGGGAAGCUCCAGCACCACUUUAUACAACAUGACAAAGACGUGCUGCACUUCAGACCUGUGUAACUCUGCCCUGGGCCACCCACACGUCUCCACCAUCAUGACCACACUCGCUGCCAUCGCAUCUCUCAUGUCUGUCAAAUUCCUUGUGUGAAGAAGAUCGUCACACACAUUAAUAUAUAAUUCAUUAAAACACACAUAAACAAACAUACACAGAUCGCCUUUUAAUUCUUUCUUUUAAAUUCAAGGUUUUAUGAACGAAACAUUGCAUUUUCUGUUAUAUAAUACCCAUGCAUUUCAUGUAAUCUAUCUAAAGAUAAUCUAUCUUUAUGAGAGUUUAUCAUCUUUAUCAGUCAUGUAAUUUAUCAGCCAAAUUUUAUAAGCUUUUAACACUUAUUUGUCAGAAAAUCAAAUGUGUAGGAAAGAGGAAAUUUUUUUGUUUGUUUUGUUAUUGGCCAAAAAUGUGCCUGACGUGAUGUCAUUUCACAGAAAGUAUAGUCGAUGAACUGAUCGGGCGUGGUGUGUUUUUAUGGUUAUCAUAAUGACAUAAAGCAGCAGAAUUGUAUUAAUAGAGUUGUUUACACUUUAUUUUAAGAUGUCACUCUUAUAGUUUAAUAAAACACAAUAUAAUUAACAACAACAUGGACUUAAUAUUAGUUUAGGAUUUGCUUUAGUUGCAUGUAAUUAUGCAUAAUUUACUGUAAUAAUUACAUGUAAAGUGUAACAAGGACACUGUAAAAUAAAGUGUUUGACUUGGGUUGA